CGCGCCCUGGACGCCGUCAAGGGCGACCUCGACAAGAGCGGGCUGCACUACCACGAGGAGAACUCGCCCGCCGAGACGCUCGAGCUGCUGGGGGUGGAGUUUGAUGGCCGGCGUCGUCUGCUACGUCCUAAGCCUCGGCGCAUUUGGCGGCUCCACUUGGCGCUGCGCGCCGUGCUGCGCCGAGGCCGCUGCAGCGGGCUCGUCCUGCAGGUUCUGGUCGGCCACAUCGUGCAUCACUGCCAGCUGCUGCGCUUCGGGCUCUCGGCGCUCGACAAGGUCUGGUCCUUCAUGUCCGAGAGCGGCGGCAAGGAGGUUCGCCUGUGGGCGUCCGUCCGGUGGGAGCUGGAAGUGUCCUCCUGGCUCGUCUUCCUGGCCGAGGCCCGUCUCAGCGCAGAGCCUGCCAGCGUCGCCUUUUGCGGCGACUCCUCUGCCGUGGGCUACGCGCGGCACGUCACCUCCGUCUCGGGACCCGAGUUUCGGGCCGUGGCGCGCUACCGAGAGCGGUGGCGCUUCGACGCGGUCGAGCGGAGCGACGAUGGCUGGGGGGCCGUGGGCGGCUGGUCGGCCGAGUGGCGAGCCUCGCCAGACCCGGCAGGGUCUCUCGGUGGCGGCCCUCGCGACCUCGGCGGCGGACCCGCGGUUCGCUGCCGGCCGUGGCGCGACAUCGAGACCGUGGAGCGGCCGGCCGAGGAGGUGGGGAUCCCGCCGCUGCCGGACGCGCUGCUCGCGAGCAAGCGCUGGGCGAUGGUCAUCAAGGGCGCGUGGCAGCACGACGGUGUCAUCCAUGAGAAGGAGGGCCGCGUGCUGCUCAUGGGCCUGGUGCGGGCCUCGAGGUGUGUCGGGCUUCACGGGAGGAGAGUUCUCUCGAUCGGGGACAACCUCUCGAGCCUCUGCAGCUUCGAGAAGGGGCGCUCGGGCAGCUUUGCCCUUCGGCGCCUGUGCCAGCGCGCCGGGGCCCUCUCCAUCGGCUGCGAGCUCGACUGGUCCCUUCGCUACGUGGAGAGCAAGAGGAACCCGACCGACUUCGACUCGAGGGCGGCCGAUCGAGGCGAGCUGCCUGCCGGGGCCUCUGUCGCUGGCCGGCACGGCCGGGCGCUGCUUCAGCGAUGCUCGCGGCAUCAGUUCGUCCUGGAGAUCUUCGCCGGCUGCGCCGCCUUCUCCGCCGCCUGUCAGGAGGCCGACCUCAACAUCGGGUGCCCCAUCGAGAUCUCGAGGGGCCCCCACAUGGACGUCUCGAGGCAGAGGACCCAGAGGCACAUCAAGGGCUUGGUCAAGCAGGGGCUCGUGUGGUACCUCCACCUGGGGACUCCGCGCACUACUUGGUCGAGGGCCCGCACGACGGGCUCGAGUUCAGCCGCUCUUGGGGGCCUCCAGUUGGCCAAGUUCUCGUUGGGGCUCAUCAAACUCUGCAAGCAGUAUGGCGUCCUCUACUCACUCGAGAACCCGCGUUCCUCGAGGCUCUUCUCCUGGAAGCCCCUUAGGAAGGAGCUGCAGAGCCAGAACGCGAUCUUUGUCCGAUACGAUAACUGUGCAUACGGUGCGGGAUAUCUCAAGCCGACCCUCCUGGCCACCAACAUGCAGGCCCUUCAGGGGUGCUACCAGAGCCCGUGGAAGAACGCCGUCAAGCACUGGGGCCAGCGCGUGGUCUGGGUCGGCCCUCGGUUUCUGGAGCGCAAGACCGUUGGGAAGGGGGCGCUCGUCAACUACGAGUCGUGCUCCUCAGACUUCGUCCACUGGGCCAGCCAGCAGGCCCCGCCCCGGGCGCUGGCUCCUCUCGAGCAGCUAGACGCCAGCCUCUCCGCGUACUUUGACUUUCUCUUUUUCGACGGCUGUGAGCCGUGGGCUGGUCGGCACACCCUGUUCGGCUACGCCCACUUGCACGGCGUCGUUGCGCCUUCGCGCAACCUGCCACAUGCCGUGAAAGCUCUGGCGGGCUGGGUGAAAGCCUGCCCAGAGCUCAGCCGCGACCCGUGCCCUUGGGAGGUGUUCGCCGCGAUCGCCGACCACUGGCUCGAGCUGGGCACGACCGAGUCCAUCCUCGCCGCUGCCUGCGGCGCCUUGCAGUUCGACACCUACCUCCGUCCAGCGGCUGCGGUCAACCUGUCCCUCGAGCACGUGGCGUUGCCCUCGGGCAGGGCUGGCGACCGCUAUGACAAGGUGGCGCUGAUCGUG